AUGUUCUACCCUUGCCGGUUGGCGCUCUGCCAGCCAAUUACUGGUGCAGCCGGAUCAGGCAGCCAAUGGCUGCCCGCCUCCGCGCGCCUGCCCGCGUCGGUUGCCGCUGUGCGCCUCGCUGCUCGCGGGAAACGGAGAUGGAUUGGCGCAAGCGGGGGCCAAUGGGCGGUGCGCGCGAGGAGCGGGGCCAAUGAGCGUCCCGGAGGCGGGGCGGGCGCCGCGGCGGGCGGCUGCGAGGAGCGGCCGGUGGUGGCGGCGGCAGCGGGUGGCGGCAGCGGUCAGCGGUCGGCCAUGGCGGAGGCAGAGGCCGGCGGCGACGAAGCCCGCUGCGUGCGGCUGAACGCCGAGCGGGCCAGGUUGCUGCUGGCCGACGUGGACACGCUGCUGUUCGAUUGCGAUGGCGUGCUGUGGCGCGGCGAGACGGCCGUGCCGGGCGCGCCGGAGACUCUGCGGGCUCUGCGGGCCCGCGGCAAGCGACUGGGCUUCAUCACCAACAACAGCAGCAAGACUCGCACGGCCUACGCGGAGAAGCUGAGGCGCUUGGGUUUCGGCGGCCCGGCGGGACCCGAAGCGGGCCUCGAGGUCUUCGGCACGGCCUAUUGCAGCGCGCUCUAUCUGCGCCAACGCCUGGCCGGCGUGCCGGACCCCAAGGCCUACGUGCUGGGCAGCCCGGCCUUAGCCGCCGAGCUGGAGGCCGUGGGUGUCGCUAGCGUGGGCGUGGGCCCGGACGUGCUUCACGGCGAUGGCCCAAGCGACUGGCUAGCCGUGCCGCUCGAACCCGACGUGCGCGCGGUGGUGGUGGGCUUCGACCCACACUUCAGCUACAUGAAGCUCACCAAGGCCGUGCGGUACCUGCAGCAGCCCGACUGUCUGCUCGUGGGCACCAACAUGGACAACCGGCUCCCGCUAGAGAACGGCCGUUUCAUUGCGGGUACCGGCUGUCUGGUGCGAGCCGUGGAGAUGGCCGCCCAGCGCCAGGCGGACAUCAUCGGGAAGCCUAGCCGCUUCAUCUUCGACUGCGUGUCCCAGGAGUAUGGGAUCAACCCGGAGCGCACCGUCAUGGUGGGAGACCGCCUGGACACAGACAUCCUCCUGGGCUCCACCUGUAGCCUGAAGACUAUCCUGACCCUCACCGGAGUUUCCAGUCUUGAGGACGUGAAGAGCAAUCAGGAAAGUGACUGCAUGUUCAAGAAGAAAAUGGUCCCUGACUUCUAUGUUGACAGCAUAGCCGACCUCCUGCCUGCCCUUCAAGGUUAAAGAUCUAGUGUCUUUAAUCUCUGGAAUAAAAAAAAAAGAAAAAGAAAA